AUGUCCAUUCGCACGCUCAGGAUCGGCCUCAUCCCCGGUGACGGCAUCGGCAAGGAGGUCAUCCCCGCCGGCCGCCGCAUCCUCGAGGCCCUCCCCUCCUACCUCGGCCUCAAGUUCGAGUUCACCGACCUCCACGCCGGCUUCGAGACGUUUGAGCGCACCGGCGCCGCCCUCCCCGACAAGACGGUCGAGAUUCUGCGCAACGAGUGCGACGGUGCCCUCUUCGGCGCCGUCUCCUCCCCCUCGUCUCCCGUCAAGGGCUACUCGUCGCCCAUUGUCGCCCUGCGCAAGAAGCUCGACCUCUACGCCAACGUCCGCCCCGUCAAGACGGUCCUCUCGGCCGCCAAGCCCAUCGACAUGGUCAUUGUCCGCGAGAACACCGAGGACCUCUACGUCAAGGAGGAGACGACCCGCGACACCCCCGACGGCAAGGUCGCCGAGGCCAUCAAGCGCAUCUCCGAGCGCGCCUCGCACCGCAUCGCCACCAUGGCCGGCGACAUUGCCCUGCGCCGCCAAAAGAUCCGCGCCGCCGGCGCCCCCUCCAUCCACCAGAGCCCCCUCGUCACCAUCACCCACAAGUCCAACGUCCUGUCCCAGACCGACGGCCUCUUCCGCGCCACGUCGCGCGCCGCCCUCGCCGCCCCGCGCUUCGCCGACGCCGUCGCCGUCGAGGAGCAGAUCGUCGACAGCAUGGUCUACAAGCUCUUCCGCCAGCCCGAGGCCUACGACGUCAUCGUCGCCCCCAACCUCUACGGCGACAUUCUCUCCGACGGCGCCGCCGCCCUCGUCGGCUCCCUCGGCCUCGUCCCCAGCGCCAACGUCGGCGAGGGCUUCGCCAUCGGCGAGCCCUGCCACGGCAGCGCCCCCGACAUUAUGGGCCAGAACAUUGCCAACCCCAUCGCCACCCUGCGCAGCGCCGCCCUCAUGCUCGAGUUCCUCGACGAGGAGGCCGCCGCCGCCAAAAUCUACGCCGCCGUCGACGCCAACCUGACCGAGGGCAAGCUGCUGAGCCCGGACCUGGGCGGCACGGCCAAGACGACCGAGGUCAUCGAGGAUAUCCUGAGGAGGCUGUAG